AUGCAGAGAACAGUGCGAUUAGGCCAGGUCCCUGGUGAAUUUAGCGGCGAUCAUCCACGCAACGCUGGAAGGAUGGCAAACCAAUUUGCAGUGCGAGUUGUGGUCAUUGCCUGCACGACACAACACACGGGACGGAUUGGAUUCUUUCUGCUUGCUGAUCAUGACCCUGGCCCUGGCUGGAUGCCUGACGAGGUGGGAUUUCGGGCGAUGGAGCGAGUGACCUUCGACUGCGAUGAUUCUCAGCUUGGUCUGGAAGUGGGGUCGGCUGGAGUUCUGGCGCCGGCCUCUGCUGCGCUGAGCUAUGUGGACCACUUUCGGUCACGGCGGCGUGUAGUCGCAGUCCCAGGUAUCGUGUCCGACCGAAGCAGUUGCGACACUUCAUAG